AAAUAAGUGGAUGCCGUUGCUGCCCCAUAAAAUUGUAUUCGAUUACGUGUAACACGCGCCGUUUACUUGCAUGUUAGUUUUGGAUUAUAUAUAGCGCCGUUUACUUGCAUGUUUAAGUCCUUGCAUUAUAAAUUUCAGUAAGCUACGAUGCUGGAAGACGUGGGUAUUUCUUACUGCGCAACGAACAGUCAUAACAAUGAUUAGAAACAGGUCCCGAGUUCCCCUGUUGCCUCUAGACUUUGAUGAGUAACGAGAGAAAUUUUUAUUUUACUUCCUGGAAAGGCUUUUUCCCUUAAAUUUAUUAGGGUGGUGAUUCAAAUUUCAUGCUAAACAAUGGUCCUUGCAAAAAUGGUUGCAGUAGCAGCUUUUAUGUCGAUCUUCACAUUGUUAUUAAUGGCAGAAUCUGUUGAACCCAGUAUCUUGAACAUCAGCCAAGCCUUUCUGUUGAAUUCAGAUACAGAGUCUCGCUUCACACUGCCUCUUUUCUCAGUACCCACUUCAAAUCCCCCCUCGUUCCUCAUCAACGCCGCCGCCACCGCCGCCAAAGCCGAUGCCCCUGUUAGCAGAUCCGCAUUCAGCUACAAUGAUAUUACUCUCAUGACAGAAGUGACGAUGGGAAAUCCACCACAGAGGCAAAAAAUGGUGGUGGACACAGGAAGCGAGCUCUCCUGGCUCAACUGCAAAUUGGGCACCAGCUUUCCCUCAUUCAAUCCAUCUAUUUCUUCCUCCUACAUUUCCAUCCCCUGCAACUCUGCAAUCUGCACAGAAAAAACAACGGAUUUCCCAGUCCCUGCAAACUGCGAUGAAAAGAAGCUCUGCCAUUACAUUUACUCAUAUGCAGACGGCACAGAGAAUGAAGGGAAUCUGGGAAGUGAUUUAAUCAAUCUUCCAGCUCUGAAAAUUCCAGGCUUUGUAUUUGGCUGCUCUGUCUCGGACCCAAUGGCAGAAACCCCUGGUCUUAUGGGGCUCAAUCAGGGAGCGCUUUCUUUGAUUUCUCAGCUAAAGUUUACCCACAAAUUCUCUUACUGUAUUACUGAUCCACAAGCUUCCCCUGCUGCUACAGGAGUCCUUCUGUUUGGCGAUUCCCCAUUUGGGAACUCCUUACAAUACACAUCUCUCCUGAAUAUUUCUCUUCCCCUGCCUUACUUCAACAGGGCUGCAUAUACCGUGAAAUUACAGGGCAUUAAGGUCGGAAACAAGCUUUUGCCGAUUCCAAAAUCAGUUUUUUUGCCUGAUCACACAGGUGCCGGGCAGACCAUGAUAGAUUCCGGCACCCAAUUCACGCUACUUCUCGGCGACGCCUACACGCCCCUCAAGAACGAAUUUGUGCAGCAGAACAGAGCCCGAAUUAAUCCGAUGACCAGCAAUGUGGUUUUUCAGGGAGCUCUUGAUCUCUGCUACGAUUUGCCGGCGGGUUCUUCACAGUUUCCACAGGUCACGCCGGUCACUCUUCUUUUCGACUCUGCCCAGCUCAUAUUGCAGAGCCAGCAAUUGCUUUACCGCGUACCCAACGCCACCGGCGCCGCCAUUCCCAAAGGUCGGGAGAUUUACUGCUUCACAUUUGGGAAUUCUGAUUUGGUUCCCGUGGAGGCCAACAUCAUCGGGAAUCACCACCAGCAGAAUUUGUGGAUCGAGUACGAUCUUCAGAAUUCUCGUAUCGGAUUUGGGCAGGCAAGAUGUGAUGCCAAUUGAUGAAAAAAUUCCUCCUUUUUUUCUGUUUUAUGGUGUUUUUCUGCAGGUGGAGCUGCAGACCACAUUAGUGGCGCAGCCGUACUGCGGACCCAUGGGAGUUAAUAUGCACCGUGGAUUCAUUACUUUAGUUCUCAUCUCCUACUCCAGAGAUUCAUAUACAUUUUUGGGGUACAUUUUUUAUUGAGAUUUUCGAGGUGGGUGAUUAAAUGCGGCAAUGCUAUAUCGAAUCUAAAAGAGCCUGGAAAUUGAACAGAUGGACAUUAUUUAUUAACCAUUUAAAUGUAAUAUCAGAUUUGAAAUAAUAUAUCCAGAUUAAAUCUCUGGUAUCUGACAUAUUUAGUGAUAUUGUAACAUGUUUCAUAUGGAUACUGCAACAUGUUUCAUAUGGAUGAAUAUAAUAAGGUGCUGGUAAAGUCGGUAAUUAAUAAAUACUGACAGAGAUUUUCACAAGACUGUCACCUACUUCAUUUUUCUUUCUGUUCCAUUCAAGUAGAUAAUAAAUUUUCACUUUACGAUCAA